UUAAAAGACACUUCUCUCUCUCUCUCUCUCUCUCUCUCCACCCAUCAUCUGCUCCUCCAAGCCAAUACUAACACUAUUUCUCUCUUUUUUUUCUUCAAGAGCAUGUUUGUUUGUUGAAGAAGAUUAAUUGAAGAGUCUUUUCUUUCCUUUUUAUCUCCUCUCUUUAACUCCUUCUUCCCCUUUAGCAAACACAAUCCAAGCUGAACUUUCAUAGCUUUUUCAUCUUUUUUCUCACAAGUUUCUAAUAACAUCAAACACUUUAAACAUACUUAUUCUCAAGAAAGAAGAGAAAAAGAUCAAACACCCACUUGACCACACUCCCACUUUUCUCAUUUCCUAGGAACUAAGUUAUUAAUUGAGCAGCGAGAAAAGGUAACUACUCGGAAAGAAACCUAGCCGUGAACCAUGCCCUUGGAAGGGGUUUUCGUUGAACCCUCUUCGAACCCAAUUCCUGAUCUUUCCCUUCACAUUAGUCCACCUAAAGCUUCCACUUCUAUGAUAUGCAGCAAGAGCAGUGAAGUUAUUGAUACAAGCUUCAAUCUUUUGAGCGGACAUGAAGUCAGCAAAUCCAACAGCGGCACCUCCAUGAUAAGUGACUCACAAGCUUACACCGAGCUGUCUCUAGCACGUCCACAUCCAGCUAAUGUCAUGGAGCAGGAGAGGCAGUGCAGAAGAAAUUCAACUGGUGGCGCUGAACAACCAUCGCAUACCCCUCUUCACCUCACUCAUCGCCAUCUUCACCCAACUAAUACUCACUUAAAUCACAUAAAUCAUGGGGUUUCCCUACUUGAUGUAUCAAAUGGAGCAAGGCCAAUAAAAGGGAUUCCAGUAUAUCAAAACCGUUCAUUCCCCUUUCCGACUUUAGAAAAUCUUUCAAGAGAGAGGGAUCCAAAGAUGUGCUUCUACCAAAUACCUUAUCCCUCUUCCUCUUUAUAUUCUUCUUCUCCAUCUCUCUCCGCUUCGCCUUACUUUGAAGGAGGAUUAGAUCCCAUCUCCAUAUUAAGCUCAGGGUCUACUCAAGCUUCGCCCGCUUAUCGGUCACCGGCAACAAUUAGAUUCAAUGGGAUUUCCAAGGAUGCUUUCAAAUCCCACCAAUUGCACCAGCAGCCCCAACAUAGCCACUAUGGAAUUGGAUCUUCUGAUACUUCUAAUGGACUGAUUAGAUCAAGAUUCUUGCCUAAGCUUCCGACUAAAAGAAGUAUGAGAGCACCAAGGAUGCGAUGGACUAGCACACUUCACGCUAGAUUUGUUCACGCUGUUGAGCUACUUGGUGGUCAUGAAAGAGCUACUCCGAAGUCGGUUCUUGAGCUGAUGGAUGUCAAAGAUCUCACAUUAGCUCAUGUGAAAAGCCAUUUACAGAUGUAUCGUACUGUUAAGACAACUGACAAGCCUGCAGCCUCCUCAGGUCAAUCAGAUGGGUCUGGAGAAGAAGACAUAUCCACUGCUGUUAGCGGCAGCGAACGUGGCCUGCGUGGAUUAAUAGAUCAAAUAGGAACUUCAGAUGGGUCAUUGCAACAAGAAUUGGACUAUCCCUGUAAUCCUACUACUACUCUGUGGAGUAAUUCUUCAAGAGAAGCAUGGUUGCACGCAAAUUCGAAUGAUAUAGAUGGGGUGAGAGGACCAUUAUCCUUCCAAUCCAACAGAACUGAGGAAUCUUGUGAUUCAACUCCAUUGUUGAAUUGCAAAAACCCAAGCUUGGAGUUCACAUUAGGCAGACCGGACUGGCAUGGCACACAACAUAAGCAUACAUGAAAUACGAGAUUAGAUCUAUAUUUGCAGCCAUUCCAGCUUUUUCAAUAUUAGUAA